UAUCAUUUAGCUGAUAAACCAGACAUAUUUAGAGGUUGUCAUGGAUGUAUCUUCAUCUGACGCAGCUGCAGAGCCAGAAACUGAGGAAACUUUUGCAAUGUUGAAACAUAAUAGGAGAAAACGAACGAUCAUCACCCCGGAGCAGUUGAUGAAGCUAGAGGAGCUUUACAAACAGGAGCAAUGGCCAGGCAGGGAUAAGAAAGAAGAACUUGCUAGGGAAAUCGAGAUGUCGACACAUUUUGUUAAUAUUUGGUUUCAGAACAAACGUUCGAGAGUCAAAAAGCUGGUACAGGAAGAAGAAGAAAUGAAGGCAAUGAAGAGCAGAGUACAUGUAGAACAAGAUUCUUCGCAGUGUGAUAAGAAAGUUCUUCUAGCCCCCAAACCUGAUUUAAGAAGCAAUUUGUUCAGUCCUAACGUCAACAAUGCGACAGUCGCAACACGUCUUCCUCCGCCGGUGAUCUCGGCUCCCAUUCAAAGCGUGAUGCCAUCUUUGGGAGGUUUGCCAGUCUUCACUAUCAGCACUAAGAAUGUGUCUAGCCCCGCUUUAUCUGUUUUAACCAGUUUGCCUCAACUCACUGUUCCUCUUAUUCCACAAAAUACGAUUUUUGCAACAUUUCCACAGUCUGCUUGCCUGCAAAAUAAAGACAAAGUUAAUGCGAGUCCUUCAACAACUUUGCAAACUGCAACAUCACUUGGGAAAGCUGAUUCAGUUAGACCCUCAACUACAAACUUGAGGUCUCCUCAUCCACCAAAGAGAUUCAAGUCUACCACUCUGACAACACUUUCGUCAAUUCCCUCAUCAUCAUCCAUGAAUGACACUGCCAGCCUCACCGAGGCUGGCCUACUUGUAGUUGGCACUGGCCUUAGUCUUUACUUGAAGUCUUACUUCUAG